GCCAGGCUGGCGCGGAGUCUGAGGCAGGGCUGGCAGAGCACCUGGAGGAGCGAAGGCAGGAAGGCUUGGCUGGAACCUCUGCCUGCAAGCAGGCAAUGGAGAAAUCCCGGCCGCUAUGGGACAAUCCCCUGCAGUUCGUUUUUGCCUGCAUUUCCUACGCCGUGGGGCUGGGAAACGUGUGGAGGUUUCCAUACUUAUGUCAGAUGUACGGAGGAGGAGGCUUCCUGAUCCCCUAUUUCAUCAUGCUGAUUGCCGAGGGGAUGCCGCUGCUCUACUUGGAGCUGGCCGUGGGGCAGCGCAUGCGGCAGGGCAGCAUCGGUGCCUGGAAAAUCAUCAGCCCCUACCUCUGCGGUGUCGGUGUUGCCAGCGUCGUCGUCUCCUUCUUCCUCUCCAUGUACUACAACGUGAUAAAUGCCUGGGCCUUCUGGUACCUCUUCCACUCCUUCCAGGACCCCCUGCCAUGGGCUACCUGCCCCCUGAACCGCAACCGCACCGGCUACGAGGAGGAGUGCGAGAAGACGUCGCCCACCCAGUACUUCUGGUACCGGCAGACCCUGAACAUCUCCCCCUCGCUGGAGGCCAGCGGCAGCCUGCAGUGGGAGCAGGCGCUCUGCCUGACGCUGGCCUGGCUCGUGGUCUACCUCUGCAUCCUCCGCGGCACCGCGUCCACCGGCAAGGUCGUCUAUGUAACAGCCUCCUUGCCAUACUGCGUUCUCAUCAUAUACCUCAUCCGAGGAUUAACCCUUCACGGAGCUGUGAAUGGGCUCAUCUACAUGUUCACACCAAAGCUGGAGCAGCUGUCGAACCCCAAGGCAUGGAUCAGCGCUGCCACGCAGAUCUUCUUCUCUCUGGGGCUGGGCUUCGGCAGCCUCAUCGCCUUCGCCAGCUACAACGAGCCCAGCAACAACUGCGAGCGGCACGCCAUCAUCGUCUCGCUCAUCAACAGCGCCACCUCCAUCUUCGCCAGCAUCGUCACCUUCUCCAUCUACGGCUUCAAGGCAACCUUUAACUACGAGAGCUGCCUGAACAAGGUGAUCCUGCUGCUGAUCAACACUUUUGACCUGGAGGAAGGCUCUUUGACAGCGGACAACCUCAGUGAGAUGAAGGACUACCUCAUGGCCACGCACCCGCGGGAAUAUGCCUGGUUGUCACCACAGCUUAAGAACUGCAGCCUGGAAGCUGAACUAGAUACGGCUGUCCAGGGGACGGGGCUGGCGUUUAUCGUCUAUUCCGAAGCCAUCAAGAACAUGGAAGUGCCCCAGCUGUACUCUGUGCUCUACUUUGUCAUGCUGCUGAUGCUGGGCAUCGGGAGCAUGCUGGGAAACACGGCUGCUAUCCUCACACCGCUCACCGACAGCAGGGCCAUUGCCACCCGCUUCCCCAAGGAGGUCAUCUCAGGUGCUGUGUGUUUCAUUAACUGUGUGAUCGGCCUCAUCUUCACCAUGGAGGCUGGGAAUUACUGGUUUGACAUAUUCAAUGACUAUGCAGCCACCCUCUCACUGCUGCUCAUCGUGCUGGUAGAAACCAUCGCGGUGUGUUACAUCUAUGGGAUAAGAAGAUUUGAGAAGGAUCUUUACACCAUGGUUGGACGCAAACUCAACUGGUACUGGAAACUUAUGUGGGCUUUUGCCAGCCCUUUGCUAAUUAUAAGCCUAUUUAUAUUCUACCUCACCGACUAUAUCCUCACGGGAACGCUGCAAUACCAAGCAUGGGAUGCCACACAGGGGCAGCUGGUGACAAAGGACUACCCAGGCUAUGCCCUGGCCAUGAUCGGGCUGCUGGUGGCAUCAUCCAUCAUGUGCAUCCCCCUAGGGGCACUAGUAACAUUUAUAAGGAAGAGACUGAAGAGGGAAAGCGUUUCAACCACUGCCUGAGUGCCCACAGCUGGAUUUGGGAAGACCUUUACCCCCGUCGCCAGCAGAUGGGCACUUCUGGAAGACAGCAGCAACCAUUAUUUGUAGCAGCUAUUUCUAGAGUUGAGAAUUGUGGGUGCUAUAUUGACCAAAAAGUGCUCUUAGGAGGUUCCACAGUGGUUUGGAAAAACAAAGAGCUCUUCUGUAACACGAUGAAGCUUUUAAAAAGGCCUCUGUGAGAGAGGGGAAAACACAAGAGCAGCUCACAAAAUGCUAGCAUAAAUUAACCAGCACAUCAACCCACUAUACAAGGUUAGGUAGUUCUUUCCCUCUGUUGUAACACUGCCUAUGAGGAAACGUGAGCAACCAACUAAGCAUGUUCUUGUACCAGUGAAGACCCUUACUAUUCCAGAAAUCCACUCCUAAGCAUGCAUGUUAUUUGGAAUGACAUGUUUUUACCAACAGAUGCAACUGUUGAAGUCUUGCAAUGUGAAUGUGAUAAUCCCCUUUCCUACAAGGGAGAAGUCAGCAGGAUGGUACUGGAGAUAAAACGUGGCUAAAACUGCUUCUUUGCUACUUGUGUCCAGCAAAGCAGUUUAUAUGUACAUAUACAUACAUAGAUAUACAUACACAUUCAUGAGCUGCAGUUCUCUCACAUCCAGAAGUAGUAAACUUUCAAUUCCAGUAUGUAACUGUGCACUGUGCUGUACUUUGUGUUUUCUAGGGAUACACUUUAAGUACACUGGAAGAAAUCUGUGCUAAAGCUGCUUUACAAGCCCCACCAAACAAAAGUAGGAUUAGCUUUGCCAAUGUUCAUGCCCAGAUAUACUCUAAUCGUGAGCUGUAACAAUCCAGCUGUUCCACAGACCUGGUUCAUUUCCCUAUGUGACCAUUUUAUAAAGAAAGCAACAUGUUUAAAUUGUAAGCUUCAUGUAAUAAAAACCAAGUAAAAUUA